AUGCGCCUAUCAAGCCUCUUCCUCUUCGUUGCUACUGCCAUGAGAUCCGCCGCUGCCGGUUCGACGCCCCACAACGAGCAAGCCCAGCCGAUCCUGUUCGCAGCUACCUGGACUACCGACUCCGCGAAGGGCGUCUACACGUACAAGUUCAACACCACGGACGGAUCCCUGACGCAGUGGGCGAUCACCCCCUUCCUCAUUGGUACCGGAGGAAUCAACCCCACUUACCUCCAGGAAUCAAUCAACAAGCUGCACAACGGCAAGCGUCUCAUCUACGGCCUCAACCGCGCAACCGGGUACGAGCUGGACGCGAAGAAUCAGACGCUCAACAGCCUCGACACGGUAUACCGUCCACCUGGAUCGGGACCCCGCCACUCGGCGCUUAGCUCGAAUGGAGACUUCCUGUAUGUUACGAACGAGCUAUCUAACGCCGUUGGAGUGUACAAGAUCAACCAGCAGGAGGCUCUACUAGAGAGUCCAGCCGUUCAGAACAUCUCGACGAUCCCCGCCAACUUCACGACCACGACGACUGCAGCGGACAUUCACCUGUCCAAAAACGGCAAGUUCGUCUACGUGUCGAACCGCGGCCACAACUCGAUCGCCAUUUACGCGAUCAACGAGGCAGAUGGCACGUUGACGUCGCUGGGUUGGGAGAGCACGCGAGGAAGAACACCGCGCGGCUUCACCAUUUACGAAGACUGGCUCAUCGUGGGCAACCAGAACACGAACGACAUGUACGUCUUCAAGGUGGACGAGGAUACGGGGUUGCUGACGUACACGGGCAACUCGUACCAGAUCCCGGGGCCAGUGUGUCUCUACGUGUCCGAGUACGUCUUCACUAAUUUCGAUACUAGACCAUGUACUGAAGCUGGCUGCGUCUACAAUCUUUCUCGAGUAUGCGGGCAAGUUUUGAUUUCGUUCCUUGUUGCCCUGGCGUGGACGCUAGUCGGGCCGCCGCGUGCUGCGACUCUCGGAUCUGCAACUCGUUUUGAACUCGCGCUAGCUCGUGCUCAAUUUGACUCUUGCGAAGUUCCAAUUCCCGGAAAUCACGUACAAGAAGUUGCGAGCGAAGCCGAGACAGCCCCCGUGACUCUGCUGGAGCGAGAGAGAGUCGACGUGGAGCUCCUUAAGCUUGCCGAAGAGGCUACCGAGCGAGUCUAA